GUUCCAGUCACAGGCAGACAGGCUCAGAGAAAUCGCCCAACCAAUCUCCCCCUCCCCCAUCCAGUCCGCGGCGAGUCUCCCUCCCCCUCCAUCCGCGCCCAAGAUUUGCUCCGGCCCGCGGCCGCGAUGUGCUGCCUCGACGACUGCUGCUGCUGCUGCGCCGGUUGCUACGACUCCUUCUGCGACCGGUGCUGCCCCUGCGUCUCCUACGACGCGCGCGAGACCAUCUUCGGCUGCUGCGUCUGCCUCCUCCUGCUCGGCGCCGCCGCCCUCCUCGCCGUCCUCCUCGCCGCCUACGGCUUCAUCCGCCACCCGGAGGUCGCCGUCGAGGCCGCCUCGCUGACCAGGUUUGCGCUGCUCACCUCCCCGGCCACCGCACUCGCCUACAACCUCUCGCUCACGCUCACCGUCCGCAACCGGAACUGGGCCAUGAGCGUCAAGAACACCAAACCGCUGGAGGCUGCCUUCAAGUUCGACGAUCAGGCGUUCGACCGGUUCGAGCUCGCCGGCGAGGGCGACAGGCACCCGCCCGGGAAGACCCGGGUGUACCACCUCGCCGCGGGGGCCGACAAGUUCGCCGCGCUCGGGAACGCCGGCGAGGCCGAGUUCCGGAAGGAGAACGCGACGGGGCUGUUCGAGGUGGAGGUGGCGCUCGCCGGCGAGGUCCGCUACACGGCGCACUUCACCAAGUGCAAGCUGGCCGCGACGUGCCCGCUCAAACUACAGCUCGCGCCGCCCGGGACGCCGGCCGUCGUGUUCCAGAAGGUCAAGUGCAAGCUCGCCAAGGCCGACAAGAACUGCUAGCUUGCGAGGUCCGGGCCGAUUUGGACUGGUUGAUUUGCUAGAUUUUUGGAGAAAUCAGCAAGUGGUUUCUCUGAAUUUUCGUUGAAUUUGCGGAAACGCAUUAAUUGAUUCGUGUCUGUAGAAGUGUAGAGUGCUCGAAAUGUGCCGGUCGAUGGAAGGGGAAUGUUUGUGCAGUUGUUGGGUCUUUUCAUUUGUGCGCUGGCUUGCUCUGAAAUUGGGAUUUUGUUGAUGCCA